AGCGUCGGUCACACAUUCGCGAGCACAACACUAACGCAGCCAGUCAGCAGCGUCGCCGCCUAUGAUGCUAUCGAUUCGAACACGAGCGUCCAUUCGUUUAUCUACUAUUAGUUGCGCACGGUUGUGAAAUAACAGAACACACAGUGCAGCUGAUUUGUUGGUGGCGUAUUCGAAUUAAUCUUUAAACUGGUUUCAUACAGUGUAACAGCAACAGUUUUUGUUUUGCUGUUCUAGAGUCUAGUAACUUUACCUGCAUACAAAAAACCCACAUGACUGAAAUAUACCUCCCCGACAGCAACGGUUGGACACCGCUGCACUACGCAGCGCACCAAGGUAGACUGGUGGACAUCACGAAACUGAUCGAUGCCGGUGUGGAUCCGAACUCGCUCACCAGGAAGCAGGAAACGCCACUCCACCUUGCAGCCGGUAAAUGUCGGUACGAAGCGGUUCGAAGUCUGCUCGGUUAUGGAGCCCGAAUCAACUGUGGCAAUCAUAGAAACUUGAGUCCUCUUCAUUACGCAGCCAAAGCUGUUUACAGCGAAGCCGUUCCGGAGCUGAUCACCAACGGAGCGGAUGUCCAUGCCUGUUCCAGCGAACAACAAACGGCGCUGCAUGUGGCAGCCAAAAAAGGGCAUGCGCAAACAGUCCAGUGUUUACUAUCUGCCGGUGCGAAUGUUAACUGUGCCGAUUUCAAAGGCUGGACACCACUGCACUAUUCAGCACAAAAAGGUCACAUCGAAGUUGUUGAACUUCUGCUUGCUAGUGGGGCCAACGGAAAAAAACAAGCCAAUUGUAAGGAAAUUCCGCUCAAUUUGGCUGCCCGCAAGGGACAGUCGGAGGUAGUGGAAUGUUUAAUCAAGGAAACAAACACGAUGAACUUCCAGGAUAGCAACGGAUGGACAACACUUCAUUACGCGUCAUUUAACGGUUACGAAAAAAUCGUCGCUAUGCUAAUUACCAACAAAGCUGACCUCAACUCUGUUACAAAACAGCAUGAAACACCGCUGCAUUUUGCAGCAAAGAAAGAUCGAAUAGAAAUAGUAAAACUUCUACUGGAAGCUUCCGUCAUGGUUGAUUGUCAAGAUUGGCGUGGAUGGACUCCACUUCAUCACGGAACCAGUAAAGGCUAUGAGGAUCUUGUUGACCUGCUACUUGAUAGUAAAGCCAAUAUCAAUGCGACUACACAUGAAAUGCUAACUCCGCUUCAUUUUGCUGCCUGGAAGAAUCACAUUAAUAUCGCGAAAAGCUUCAUAAAACAUUCGGCGAAUGUCGACAUGGUCGACAAAGACGGCUGGACUCCGCUUCAUUAUGCAGCACAUUCCGGCUGUCGGAAAAUGAUAGAUCAGCUGUUAGAAGCUGGAGCAAACCCUAAGGCAGCCACGAAGAAGCAAGAAACUGCCCUUCACUUAGCAUCUAACAAAAACUACAGUGGGAUUGUACGACGAUUGCUGGAUUUCGUUCCGAUUGACCAACAGGAUGUCAACGGCUGGACUGCCCUUCACAGGGCUGCAAAAUUUAAUCAGCUUUCCAUAAUCAAGCUGCUGCUCAGCCAAGGUGCCAAUGUGGACGCCGUAACGUACGAAACGGAAACACCGCUUCAUUUUGCCGCUAAGGAAGGACACCAGGAAGUUGCGGAAUACCUGUUGACACAUGGGGCCUUCGUGAACAACGUUACUGUUGAAGACUGGACACCUCUUCACAUGGCUGCUUUUCAUAAUCAUCGGAAUGUUGCGCAGGUUCUACUUACUCAUUGUGCUAAAGUGGAUAUGGUGACCACUACUGGUAGUACUGCGAGGCAACUGGCGGAAUUGGCAAAUAAUAUGGAAGUGGUGCAAUGCUUGGAUGAUCAUGAAAGUCACACACGGACAAACAUGCCAGAUAUAAACUGUCCGGACAGCAGUGGAUGGACUGCGCUGCACUACGCAGCCAACCAGGGUAGACACGAUGAUGUUGCCAAGCUGAUAGAAGAGACCGGCGCCGAUACGAAUGCGAUCACCAACAAGCAGGAAACGCCGCUCCACGUUGCGGCUGGCAAAUGUCGCUACGAAGCGGUUCGAGUUCUUAUCGCUCACGCAGCCCGUGUUAACUGUGACAAUCACAAAGGCUGGAGUCCACUUCACUACGCGGUCAACGCUGUCGAAACCGAGCAAGAACUUCUACCGAUAGUCGAGUGUCUACUGAACGCUGGCGCGGAAGUUAAUCACACCGAUUCCAGAGGAUGGACACCGCUCCACUAUUCGGCACAACGCGGUCACACUGUGGUUGUGAAGCUUCUGUUAGAUAGUGGGGCGGACGCAAAUAUUCAGGGUAAAUGUAAGAAUAUCGCUCUCCAUUUAGCGGCUCGAAAAGGACAGACAGACGUGGUAAAAUGUUUAAUCGACAAAACAACAACGAUUAACUUCCGGGAUACUAACGGAAGGACAACAUUCCAUCACGCAACCUUUAACGGUUACGAAAAAAUCGCUGCAUUGCUAAUCGCCAACAAAGUCGACUUGGAAUCUACCACGAAACAACAAGAAACCCCGCUUCAUUAUGCGGCCAAAAAAGGUCGGACUGAAAUAGCUAAGCUAUUGCUAGAAUCCUCAGUUAAAGUUGACUGCCGAGAUUGGCGUGGUUGGACUUCGUUGCAUUACGCGACCAUUAAAGGUCAUACCACCAUCGUGAACUUGCUAAUUACCAGCAAUGCUAACGUCAAUGCUACUACUGAUGAGAAGCAAUCUCCGCUUCUCUUUGCCGCCUGGAAGAAUCGCAUCGACAUUGCGAAAAGCCUCAUAAAGCGAUCCGCGGUUAUCGACGCUGCCGACAGUGACGGCUGGACACCACUUCACUAUGCUGCACAGUACGGGCGUAGGGAAAUUGUGGAUCUGCUGCUAGAGAAUGGAAGCAACCCCGUAGCAGUCACAAUGGUGCGAGAAACUGCCCUCCACUUCGCUUCUCGCAAAGGCUACACUGGAAUUGUGAGGCGCUUACUACAACAGGCGGUUCCGAUAGAUCAACCGGAUGGUGACGGUUGGACUGCCUUGCAUAGCGCCUCCAAAUUCGGUCGACUACUCGUUGUCGAACAGCUGCUCGGUCAGGGUGCCAACGUGGACGCUGUAACGCCCACAAACGAAACGCCGCUACAUUUCGCUGCUCUGGAAGGAUACCAUGAAAUUGCGAAAUGCUUGCUGACACAUGGUGCCGUUGUGGACGGUGCUACUGCAGAAGGAUGGACGGCUCUACAUUUUGCUGCCCAUCUUAACCAUCCGAGCGUCGUACAGAUUCUGCUUACCUAUGGUGCAACGAUGAACGCACAGACGGGUUCGGGUUGCAGCGCUCGGCAGCUGGCAGAAGCGGCCAAUAAUACGGAAGUUGUAUAGUACUUGGAUGGUCAUUAGAUAAAGUAAAAGUAAAAUAAUGUUAAUUUCGAAAGAAGAUAAACAAAGCUUUCCAAACUUUUACAGGUUUGUACUUAUAUCACUAAAACAUGUUGAGUUCUUUGAGUUUAAAUAUAAUUUUUUAGUGUUUUUCACGCGAUUUUUCAAUUUAAUUUGAUAUUUGCCACCUGUUUUUGUGAGAAAGAUACUACCAAUACACUAAACUUCUGAAAUUAUAUUCAAUGACGAAUCGAACAAAAGUGGUUCUGUGAACAUCGGUGAAUAUUUGACUGAGUUAUACAUUUUUUAAGAAAACCAGAAUUUUUGGCUUCUAUCCCACAAUUAUUUCGCGGUGCUACAAAUGGUGGAAAAACACAAGAACUUCUGAAGUGACCUAUCGUAGGUUGUAGGUCUUGUUGAGUGUAACAUUCGUUCAUACUAGAAAUUUUCCAAACACCUCCAAAAUCUGAAGUUAUGGUCAAAAUACGGUUUUUUGGACCACAGGGCAUACAUUUUUUUUAACUCAGUCAUUUCUCAACCGAUUUCAAAUAUUAAGGCAGUUUUGGAAAGAAGAUAAACAGAGCUUUCAAAACAUUUACUAGUUUGUACUAAUAUCACUAAAACAUGUUGAGUUAUAUACUGUAGUUUCAGAGCAUCUUUAACCCGAAAUAUGUUUAUAAGACAUCAAUUUAACACAAUACACAAACCUCUAGCUGUUUGGAAGUUUCUUAAAUCAAUAAAAAUAUGCCUGGGACAUAUGUGAACCGUUUCCCUGAAGACGUCAUCCAUGUACGUGCAUCCUGUGAAGUUCAGGAUGUUCUCAAGUUAUGUUAUGCAUACAGUGGAUAUCCCCGAAAAACACUAAGUUUGUUUAUUCCAAAUGCUGUAAAAAAACAAAAC